ACUUACACUAAAUUCUAAUAGUUAUUGAUUGGUACAUUUUCGGAGCAAGAAUAGGCUACCCGUGAAAAAUCAUAAAUAAUUAAAACAACUAUUUGUCACACCAGCAUUGUUUCUAAGGGACAAAUAUGAACAGUUUAUAUGGAAAUGGACAUUGGACAGAGUAGAUGUUGGUUUGGUGUGGAUUUUCUAGUAUAAUGGAAAAUCAUUUCACUAAAUUUUAAGAAUACAUCGGUUAAACAACGAAAAUGGAUUUAGACAUUUCAGUGAUAUCAUCAACGUUUAUAAAACCUCAAAUGUUGAAAUAAGACUGAAGUCGGUUAUAACAAUGAGUUCUGUAAUUGAUUUUUACACGGAAAAAAGAAUAAAAUACGGUCGGAAUUCUAUGUGUGUAAGAGGUGCGGCAUUUUCAGGAACAAGAACACCAACAAAAUCUAAUAUAAAAUCAGAAGAAUUUGCCGAAGAAAACUUGGUUAGCAGAAGCGUUUCUUUUACUAAAUCUCGUAGCAAAACAAUAGAUAACAACGAAAACUCAAACAAAGAAAGCGAAGACUUGCGAGUAUGUAAAAGUGGGAAAAUAUCAGAUUCUCUUGCAACGAGGCGCAAGAACUUAAAAAGGUCGAAAAGUGACGCAUUUUUAAAAAUCAAUAAAAACCUUACCUCACUCAAGACUUCGUGUUCAAAUGACCAACACGUUAGAGAUAACGACGACGAAAGAUCUGCAAGUGCUUUAAAAAGGAGAGAAUCCUAUACAAGAAGAGAAAUUUUGAGUGACCAAUGCGCAGUGGACAGUAUAAAACCCCUUAGCAAAUUUAAACUGGACGUUAAAAUUGGAGUGCGAGACAAUCAUUACAAUCAAUGGGCGCGUUCUAAAAGGUCAGUGUCACUUUCAGUUAAUUCAAAUGUUAAUCGUAAUGAGCAGACCAACCAAUCCUCUCCUCCGAACACACCCAAGCUACAGGAUAAACCACGACGAAUAUUAGCAGUUCCGCGCAAAAGUGACAUUGCACGAAAUACUACGGGAAUAUUAAACUUCGACAAUUUCGACGUAAUAUUUCAAAAUAUUCCUGUGAACAGAAAUCUACGCAUUUCACUAAAAAAGAAGGCAAGUCUAGGAAAUUCUGUUGAUUUUAAGAAAACAGAAACAAGUAACGUGACCAACUUGCUGCAGGUUGAAGGAGCACGAAGUAAAAGCGAUAAAGAUGACAGCCAUAACGAAAUGAUUCCAAUACCUAAGAUUUCAGUAGGAAAUGUUCUGGAGUAUACAGUUUGCAAAAAGAAAUUCGAGAAAAGCGGGAAAUUAUAUGAACCAUGCGAACAUUGUAUAGCGACAGCUUCAAAUACAGACGAUCAUUUGAAUACUCAAAAUGGAUGCUUGAAUAAAUCAACAGAGAUUGACGCUGUGUUAGAAGCUAACUCCUCAUGUUUAAAGGUACCUCAAAGUGCAGAGUUUGAUAAACAUUCGCAUGGUGUUGACGCAUAUACUGUAUAUAAAGAACAAUCUAUCGAGAUAAAAACCCUGGACAUUGGAUUAGAAAAUAAAGUCAGAACACCUCGCUCAAAAUGUUUGCCGAUACCAGCUGAAGAUAAGUUAAAGAGUAAAGUUCCGUUAGUCCCGAUGACAAGUAAUGAGAUUGACCCGGAAAAACGUCAACGUCUUGUCAUAACAAACGACUUGCAUCGACUUUCAAAAAACGUAGAACCAGCUAUAACCGAACAAAAACGCGUUGUAACACCGAUAGACGAAAACGCUUCAACGCCGAGAGGGAAAGACGUAGUAACGUCUAGAGCCAAAGACAUAGUAACGCCUAGAAGCAAGGAUGUGGUAACGCCGAGAGUUAAAGACGAAAGACCAGUAAAAAUCCCACUGACACUGGCCAAGAAAACUCCUAAUCUAGGAACACUAAAUAUAGAAAACAAUUUUGCUCAGAUGAGGAUAGAACAACAUUUAAAUAAUCUCAGAAUCAGAACCGAGUCUCAAAUGUCUGCCAGAAAUACCCCUGUGAAAGAUCACGUCAUUUCUCCAAGAGAAGGGUUUAUGAGAAGUCGCAACGAAAAGUGUCAUAAACAAGCCAACAUCUCAUUAAAUGAUCAAGCAGAUUUUAGCUCGGGAGCCUCACUCGGACGUAUAAGUGUUAAAAUACAAUGUAGUGCUAAAAACAUGAAUAAACUGAGAAAUACUAAUAAAAUUAGUGCAUUUAUUCCUCUGCGUGGGAUGACGGUAGAGAGGAAAAUAUGGAACUUACAUAAUUUAUAA